AUGAAACAAAAAGGUUUUAUUCCUAUUCAACCACAUCCAUAUUCUUAUCUAACACCUCCUAUUCAUCAAUAUGAAAAUCCAUUAAUACCACCACCAAUGUCUCAACCUACAGCAACUGCAACAACGACGACAACUACUACUACUACUACUCCUCAACAGGCACAGGAUGAUGUUGAACUUAUUCUUGUACCUGAAACUGAUAUUGAAGAAAUUCUCGGACAUAUUGAAGCUGUUAUACCUGAUAUUGAUCUUGAUGCUGCACGUCGUGCAAUAACAGCAAUGAAUCCAAUACCUUCAAUAAAUGAGAUAGUAACAAAUUUUCUUGAUAAUGGUUAUAUAAAAAAAUUAAAAAAAUCAUCUGACCAUGAUCGAAAUCUAUCAUUAAAACGUUCAUGGUCAGAAAUAAUUGAUGAUAUACCAAAAUUUUUAUCAGUUUAUUCUGAUCCAGUCACUUAUUUUUUUGAUAUACAACGUAAACAAUCUGAAUCAUAUAUAAAUCAUGCUAAAGCAUUUCUUGUACGUGCUUUUCCAACAACAGAUAAAAGUAUAUUAGAACAAGCUUUACAAGAAGAAAAUUAUCAUUUUUUAUCAACCGUAAGAAAAUUAGAAAGACGUUUAAAUAUUCGUACAAAUGCAUUCUUACAACGAACAGCAAUUAGAAAAUCAUUAGAUAUGCUUGAUAUUUCUGUUGGUGGUGUUGGUCGAAAGCCAUCCGCAUCAUGGGUAAUUAAAAAUAAUAAAUUCGUUUAUGCAAUUCCACAUACAUCAUGUGAAGAAUUUUAUGAUGAACUUCGUUUUGCUAAGAAUGAAGUUAAAAUUCGACGUUAUCUUGGUAAAGCUUCUAAAGAACAUGAAAAACGUGUUAAAAAAGCGAAAAAAGAAAAUGAAACACUUGAAUGUAAUAUAUGUUGUCGUGAAGAUUUAUUAAUUGAUGAUAUGGUUGAAUGCACAGUAGGACAUCUUUAUUGUCGUAAUUGUGUUCGAACACAUAUUGAUGUAUGUUUUAAAGAAGGUAAAUGUCGUUUUGCUUGUGUAGAAAAUUUAUGUCCGGGUGAAUAUACAAUGCCACUUGUUAGUGAACUUUUAUCACCAAAAGAUUUAAAUCGUUUAAAUAGACGAAUACAAGAAGAAAAUAUUCGACAAGCUGAAAUUGAUGGACUUGAAUGUUGUCCAUAUUGUCCAUAUGCUGUUAUUGUUGAUAAUCCAGAUGAUAAAGUUUUUCGUUGUUUAAAUCCUGAAUGUAUGAAAGAAACUUGCAGAUUAUGCAAAGAACCUAAUCAUAUACCAUUACGAUGUCAUGAAGUUGAAAAAGGUGUUGAACUUGAAAUGCGUAAAUUUAUUGAAGAACAUGUAACAGAAGCUAUGAUACGUAAAUGUCCUCGAUGUACUCAGCGGUUUUAUAAAGUUGAAGGAUGUAACAAAAUGACAUGUUCAUCUUGUGGUUUAUUUAUUUGUUAUGUUUGUCGUGAGACAAUAAAUGGUUAUGAUCAUUUUACAAAUAAUGAAAGGUACUAUAUACAGUGGCUCCAAAAAUUAUUCAUACAGGUGUAA